CUUGCCCGCCAUUCCUGCUUUGCGUGACGAUUCAAAAUUCGGCUUGUCUGAGCGUUUCGGUGACAGCACAGUGCUAAGUGACCAUCUGGGGUUUUGUGUAGUGGCUUUCUCUGAAGACUAUUGGGUCAGCAGGCAUUGGACAGAGUUCACAGUAUUUUGUGCUGGAGCUGAAAGAUCCCGAGGGAUCCUGCAGAUUGGAAGAUUGAGGUUCAUGGAGGCUUGCUUAAAGUCCAUUAGAAAGGCAGGAAAUCAGGAUUCUAGUUCUACGAUGUAGGCAGACUCCAAUUCCACAAUUCCCCUCUUUCCUUGUUAUUAUUUGCACCCAAGGAACAUUUAGGACCUGCCUUCAGAUAAUAACAGCAUCAACUGCCAUUUUUAUUUAGUACCUACUAAAUGCUCAGCAUUAAGUGGGUUGUAUAAUUUUUUCAUUAAUGCCUAAUCAUUUUAUUAGGUAGAAAUUAUCUUACCCUUUCUGCAGAUGCUCUUAAAAGAUUUUAAAUACCCCAAAGCGUAGAACUAACCAAUAAGGGGUCUGAGUAUGAAUUCGGCUGUAUCUGAAUCCAAAGUAUAUUCCUAUCAACCAUCUCACUUUGCCUCCCAGUGAGAAUUUUCUGUUUCAUAAUUUUGCUCCAGUGCACCUUGGAGUAGAGUUUUUAAAAAUAAGUGUUUAUUACUAAGGCCACAUUCUAAGGCUCUUUUUGUACAGUGUAGCCUGCAAAGUGCUUGCACAUAAAAUCUCUCAUUGACUCCUCUCAUUGACAACUGGCUGGAAGGGAAUGGCUGUGCUUAACCAGAAGUCUGUCUUGGACAUGAUUAAAGCAUUUAGAAGGAACUGGCAUGUUCUUUGUGAUUCUGAAAGAACUACUCUGUGUGGCGCAGACUCCAUGCUCUUGGCAUUGCAGCUUUCCAUGGCAGAGAACAAUAAACAGCACUAUGAAGAAUUUACAGUCUCUCUCAGUGAUGUUUUAAUGACAUGGAAAUUCUUACUACAUGAGAAAUUAAACUUACCCAUUGAAGAUAUGGAAGUGGUUGACCAUUAUGAAGACAUUAAGAAGACUUAUGAUGAUUUUUUGACGAAUAGUAAUAUGGUAGAUCUGAUCGACAUUUAUAAAAAAUGUAGGAUUUUGACUUCUAAUUGUGAAAAUAAUGACAUGAUAUCCCCCAUUCAACUACUGGAUUUUCUCUGUGGCAAAGAGCAUGCAGGAGAUGAUGAAAAUGAUCUUUUUAUGCCAAUGUCACCGGUAAAACACAACCAGGAUCAUGAAAAGGUACAGCUACUAGCAAAGAAAGUUAUCUUUUCAUAUUUAAGCCUGCUAGUAAAUUCAAAGAAUGACCUGGCUCUGGCUCAUAUUCUCAAUAUUCCUGAUAGAGGACUUGGAAGAGAAGCCUUCACUGAUUUGAAACAUGCUGCUCAAGAGAAACAGAUGUCUAUCUAUUUGAUGGCUACAUCCUUUAUUAGAACAUUAGAACUUGGAGGGAAAGGCUAUGCACCAUCACCAUCUGAUCCUUUAAGGAAACAUGUAAAGGGACUGUCUAAUUUUAUUCAUUUAAUUGACAAAUUAAAUGAGAUUCUCGGAGAAGUAUCAAGUCCAAGCAUUGCAGGGAGUCGGAUUCUGUCAGUGAUAAAGAUGCAGCUGACUAAAGGCCAGAACAGCAGGGAUCCUUUUUAUAAAGCAGUUGAGGAAGCUGCUCAGGCUUUGGACUUGAGGAUUAAAAACAUUAUCAAUUCUCAACAAGAGGCUGUAGCUGUCAGCACCCCUGACAUCAGUCCUGCCCGGCCAAAAUCUCAUGCCAUCAACCAUGACACAUCAUACUGUGGCAGAGAUACCGUGAAAACUUUACUAGUUCUUUUGGAUGAAGAAGCAGCCCGUGCUCCCACCAGAAACAAAGCAGAGCUUUUAUAUGGUGACGAAAGCACCAUUCAUUGUAAUGCAACUUCUAUUCUUACACUUUUUACCUCUCCCACACAAGUGAAUAACUCAUCAGUGAAACCCCUAAGAGAACGCAUCUAUAAGUCAAUGCAAGAGAAAAAAAAUAAGAUGACUCAAACAUUAAUUAGAUCGCAGUUUGCUUGUACUUAUAAAGAUGACUACAUGAUAAGCAAGGAUAAAUGGAAUAACAUGAAUUCUGCAUCAGAACCUUUAUGUGUUCUUCAUAUGGAAAACAACCUUGCUGAGGGUAUAAAAUCAUCUGUUGGAAAAUCAACAAUUGCAACAAGUUCUGGAAAUGUUCAUUUGGACAGAAGUGAAAAUGACAAAGUAUCAAGAAAAUCAAGUGGCCAGACAGGAAAUAAAAGCUCAAAAAGGAAACAGGUGGAUUUGGAUGGCGAAAAUAUUCUCCGUGAUAACAGAAAUGAACCACCUCAACAUAAAAAUGUUAAGAAACCUAAACCAUCAAACGAUUCACAGAAUAAAUUGGAUAUCGAAGUAACCAAAGUAGCAAAAGGCAAAAAGUGUACUUCUAAGGCCAAAUUCAUCACUGGCCAGACAAAAUUAACUCAAUUUUUUAGACUAUGAUUGUGUCUUUUAUGUGUUUUAGAUUUAUGCAUAUGGAAAGCUGUACACCAAAGUCACAUGUUUAAUUUAUAAAAGCUCAAGGUGUCA